UAAAAACAAAAAUAUUUAUAGGAGAGAAAAAAUCUUCGAUUUAUUACUAAAAAUAAUUUAAGAAGCUUGUGUUAAUACUUGAGUUGUUACAACACAAUAAAACCUAAAACACACGUGUAACAUAGAAAGUCAAAAAAUUGUUUCAUAGAAAAGUUAUGCAGAACCAUGAAGAGAUGUGUAGCCACAGACCAUCAAAAGCUAAUGAUUUAUAGAAUGGAAUAACUAUAACUGUAUGUCAUCAAAUUUGAUUGCAACAAUUUCCUAUUUUCAAGUAUCUACAUACGUAUGUUGCCUAAGUCAAUAUGGCUUGUUAAAUAAAACCAAAUAUAUGUAUGUAUAUAGUAUACCUAUCUAUAUUUUUGACAACAAUUAUUUAUAUUAUCCACGUGUCACAUAUCAAGCGACACGUGUAAGACAUUUUUUGUCAAAAGCAAACAUAAUCAAUCAAUAGAAUCAAGAGAAAUAUGUUUUGGCUUAUUCGAUACAUCUUCUUUGGAGUGUGUUAAAGCCAAGCUAAGAAUAAUAUAUACAACAACAAUGGGAGCAAACACAAAGAGCGAAUCAACAGAGCACGGUUACUCUCAGCGCUGAAUAUCCAUAGAGCGGCUUGCCGGUUUGAGCGCGUCUCAAAAGCUGUUCAUAUGUGUCGACUUCAUUACUUUACUCAGUAAAGGCAACACGUUCGCAAGUACACAACCUCACACAGAUACUGACGUGGAAAUCAGCUUUUGCCAGAAGUCAUUCAACCUGCCGGCGAGCGCUUACAUCUAUGUACAUGUGUAUUUCAGAGAGGCAAUGGCAAGGUAAUUUUUUAUAUACAUUUGUAAGCUAGUAAAUUUUGCAGCUGAGUAACUGAAAGCAAUAACAACAAGCAGAUAAUAAACAACAAAUAUUCUAGCGCUUAAAUGAUCAGCAUUCAGAGAGAAUGAAAUGAAAAGUCAAUGUUAAAAUGUUAUAUAAAAAUGCAAAUAAAAUAGAUAAAUGACCAUAAAAACACCGGUGCGCUCCAUUACAUAUGUGUGUGUCGCAAUGUAUGCGACGUGCGGCUGUGUGUGGCAUGCUGUUGACGCUCUGAAGGGCGCGCGGGAAGUUUAGUGAGCACAGCUGUGCGGUGGUUAUAGCAACAGCUCAAGCCACCUUUCUUUUUCAGAGCGUAUUUAUUCAGUAAGAAAAAUACGCCGGCAGUGAUAGGGCGACUAAAAGAACUACUACAGCUAUAGUCAGCUAAAACCACUUGCCAUACAAUUGAUAGAAUAUACUAGAGUUUCAUUUUUGUAUAAAGUAAACUAGUAAAAGACUACCACAAUGCAAGUAACAACAAAGUACCUGAAAUUCGCACAGCUUCUUGCCAGUAUUGUGCUUGUGGCUUAUACCCCUACAGCUGUGGCCAGUUCAUGCGCCGGCUGCGUGGAUCUGGAUGAGCUGAACUUCGAUCAGACGAUCGAGCGGUUUCCCUACGCACUCGUCAAAUUCGAUAUUGCCUUUCCGUAUGGCGAUAAACAUGAGGCUUUCGCGGCAUUCUCCAAAAUUGCACACAAAGUUACCAAGGAGCUGCUUGUGGCCACUGUCGGCAUCAAAGAUUAUGGCGAGAAUGAAAACAAAGAGCUGGGACUGCGAUUUAAGGUGGACGAUAAAAACUUCCCCGGUAUUUUGCUUUUCAAGCAUGGCAAGGUGGAUGAGUUUGAGCGCUUUCCCGCACACUUGGAUGUGACAUUGGACAAUUUGAAGCAAUUCGUAACGCAGCACACGGAUUUGUAUAUCGGACGCGAUGGUUGCCUGAAGGACUUUGAAGAAUUAGUCAAGAAAUAUGCCAACAAAGUGGAUGCCGAACAAGUGGCGUUAAUUGCAAAAGCGGAGCAAAUGUUGCAAAGUUUAGAAGGCGAUGAGACGAAAACUGCGAGCGCCAAAGCGUAUCUGAUUUAUAUGCGAAAAAUCAAUGAGAAGGGUUACGAUUAUGUGGAGGAUGAGACCAAGCGAUUGCAACGUCUGAAGGCUGGCAAGGUGACGGAUGCCAAGAAAUUGGAAUUGCAGCAAAAACUCAAUAUACUCGAGGCAUUUCGUGUGACCAAGCUGACGAAAGUGAAGAGCAGCGAUGAGCUCUAAAUGGAAUCUGGGCAGACGAUUGUAGAAGACGCAAUAAGCAUAUAAAAAUUAAUUGAAGUGAAGUGCUUCGAAAUCAAGUACAAGUACAGAGAUACAUACAUAUGUACAUACAAAAACAACAAAUACGAAAUGUUGAUAUUUAAGUGUGUGUGACGGGACAAAAGCGGCAAUAACGCAACAAUUUAAGGGCAAAAGGGGACUACAAAGCGAAACUAUGAGCUUCGAUUAAAUUAUAUUAGUUAAUGCAUAUAUAUACAGAGCUUACAUUUAUUUUCGUUUCAUUUACUAAAUUAUUUGUUAGAUUUUUAUAAAUAAACUCGAUGUAUGUAU